CUCACCCACACGCACCCUUACACAGACGUGCUGUCAAGUGACUCUCUCUCUCUCUGCUGUGCAGCUUGAAGUAGCAAACUGCGUAAGAGCAAGUGCUCUGCCUAGUUAUAUAAACUUAUGGAGUAGAGCAUCCAGAAGAAAAUCCACCAUCAGAACAAGAAAACUAGACCUUUAUUUUCUAACUGACGUUCUGCCAAAUAGCAAAGACGAUCCAGCACAUAAGGAUUUUUUUUGUAUGCAGUAUUAACUUAACUCUGGCGUAUUCAACAAUAGAAAAUAGCAGGAAACAAUUUUGAAAAAAGACAAAUCCCACAAAGAAGGACAAUGGUGCAAACAAAUAUCUUCAUCCUUUUCUUGAUGACCAUCAUUGGCUACGUCUUGAGUGGGGGCUAUUCCCGUUCAAAAUACAUGUAUCCAAUGGUUAAAGGCCCAGUUGGACCUCCUUUCAGGGAAGGCAAAGGACAAUAUAUAGAAAUUCCAGUGAUUCUUCCCUCUGAUCUCAGGGGUGAGAAAGGUGCUCCAGGAAAACCUGGCCCAAGAGGACCUCCUGGAUUGCCGGGAAUUCCAGGAAAACCAGGAAAUGGAAAGCCGGGUCUUCAAGGACGGAUUGGACCACCUGGAGUGCCAGGACUUGCAAGCAUUGGAAAACCAGGAAUUCCAGGACAACCCGGUAAACCAGGUAUCAGAGGAAUUCCAGGACCUAAAGGUGACAUAGGACCCAGAGGGGAUAUGGGACCCAGAGGCCUUCCUGGGCCUCCAGGAUUACCUGGACCUUCAGGUUUCUCUGUCAUUGGUAAACCAGGAGCUCCAGGAGCAGAUGGAUCACCAGGGCUUAGAGCAGAGCCAGGUCUAAAGGGAGAACGUGGACCUCCAGGGGACCGUGGUCCCAAAGGUGAAAGUGGGUAUGGAAAACCAGGUGCACCAGGUCUGAGAGGUAAGGAAGGGGCACCAGGUAAGCCUGGACCUCCAGGCCAGCCUGGAAGAGGAAAGCCAGGACUUAAUGGUUUACCUGGUGGCCCUGGUGAGAAAGGGGAAGCUGGACAACAAGGUGAACCAGGACUUCCAGGUCCACCUGGUCCUCAGGGGCCAGCGGGAAAGCCAGGAUUGAAUGGCAUAGGAAAGCCAGGUCAGGAUGGGUUAUCAGGAAUUCCAGGAUCUAAAGGUCAAAAGGGGCAAGCCGGGCCACCUGGUGCUCGUGGUCUUCCUGGAGCACCAUCAUAUGCAAAGCCUGGAAUAAAUGGACUUCAAGGUGAGCGGGGCAUUCCUGGAAAACCAGGUGCCCCAGGACUCAAUGGUGAACCAGGAUUAAAUGGCUUACACGGUGAACCUGGAGCUAAGGGAGAGCCAGGUCCUCCAGGUCCUGUGGGCCCUAAAGGAUUCAUGGGGAAACCAGGUAUUCCAGGUGUCAAAGGUGACAUUGGGAUCAUUGGGCCACCAGGUCUGAAAGGAAUGCCAGGUGACCAUGGACAGAAUGGAUUACCUGGGAAACCAGGUGUGCCUGGUGAGAGAGGUUUACAUGGACCUCCAGGACCACCAGGAAAAAUUGGUCAAAAAGGUGAAGCUGGGUAUACAGGGGUCCCUGGACCACCAGGAAUAGCUGGUCCUGUAGGGCCCAAAGGAGAGCCAGGGCAGGCAGGUCAACCUGGACCAAGGGGCUCUUCAGGAAUACCUGGUCUUCAAGGGCCAUCGGGUCCAAUUGGACCUACAGGUUUACCAGGUCCCAAAGGAGAACUAGGACCACCAGGUUUGCCAGGAGAAGGCACAUUAGGUGAACCGGGAAUGACAGGACCAAUAGGUCGGCCUGGAAAUCCUGGAAUACAAGGCAUGAAGGGAGCCCAAGGUCUUCCAGGACCACCUGGUCCACCAGGCCCACCGGGACUCCUCAUUAAUGGGGAAUUAACAGGUGUAUCCGGCCUUCAGGUAGAUGGACCUGUGGACGGUGCAAAAAUACCAGGGAAUGGAAAACCAGAGUACGGAAUGGGAGAAAUCUCUGCAAAGGUAGCUCCUGCCUUCACAGCAAUUUUGACAAAGCCAUUUCCACCAUCAGGGACACCCAUUAAGUUCGAUAGGAUUUUAUACAAUGGACAAAGUGGAUAUAAUCCAGCAACUGGAGUGUUCGUGUGUCAAAUACCAGGUGUUUACUAUUUUGCUUAUCAUGUGCAUGUCAAGGGAACCAAUAUAUGGGUAGCACUGUAUAAGAAUAAUGUGCCUGCAACAUACACAUAUGAUGAAUAUAAGAAAGGAUAUCUUGACCAAGCAUCAGGAAGUGCUGUACUGGAACUUAAAGAAAAUGACCAAGUAUGGGUCCAGAUGCCUUCAGACCAAGCCAAUGGAUUAUAUUCUACUGAAUACAUCCAUUCCUCUUUCUCAGGAUUCUUACUUUGCCCAACAUAACAUUGAUCAACUUGAAUUAGUGGAUAUAUAUAUAUAUAGUGUAGUAAUAAACUGUAUCAAGAGGGACAGAGUAUCACUGGAAAAAGCACACACGUUAUUUUCUGUUGCUACAUUUUUCCAGUUUUGAAGAAACCUUAAAAGCCUCUGGAUGGCAACCAGCAAAGUAUAACAACAACAUGUCAGACAUUUCAACUAGUGACUGCACGUGUCUCCAGUUUAUGUUGCAAUGGAUUAAAUGUGGAACAGUUACAUUUAUAUGGGCAGUUAGAGGCAAAACUUAUCUUCAUUUGCAAUGCAAGUCAAUAUGGUGCCUGUUACUUGUACUCCCUGUGCCUACUCUUGAGUAAUGAUCUACCUAAGGAUAUAUUUCCUGCUUUUACACAUUUGUACCAUUGACAGAAAACAAAACUAUAUUACCCAGUUGUAUUCUAGUUAUUAUAAUCAUACCUUUUGAAGUGCAAUACAUGGUAAGUGGUGUUCCAUAGUGAAUUCAGACAACUGGGCACACUGUAAACUGGGUGAGAACUAAAACAUUGCAAACUGGUAAUCAUCACCACUUGCUUGAAUCUUAAAUUUCAAUUUAACAUGUAAUGCUAACGUGAAAAAGAUUUAAGGUUGAGCAGUGUAGUGCAAACUAAGUGUUUCUUUUGUACUGUUUUGAUUAUCUGUAUUUUGCAUUGUCGUGAUGACCUGAAAUAUUGCUGAGUUUCAAUUUGAUUGCAGUUAAAGGAUAAGGAAUAUUGAACUAUAUAUAUUUUAAAAUCAACCUAUCUCAACAUGCCAAGACAUACCUCUGGCUUAGGUGGGACUUGAACCCAGACUUCUUGACCCAAAGAUGGGGGCACUGUGACUGUGUCAGAAGAAACCCUCACAUUGAACUAUAGACAUUUUCUAAUCUACAGAAAUAUUGAAACAUACUGAACCUAAAUCAACACUUGCAGGUGUCUCUCAGAUACAUGCAGCCCAGUUACUCAUUAAUUUGAUUCAAUUUGGUGAUUCUGCUAGAGGACUGACACUUUCAAAUGCCACUAUUUUUCCAUUGUCAAAGACUGUGAAAUGCUUAGUCUUUCUCAAGCUCAAUUCAGAAUCUACUUGAUUACAAUUACAAAAAAAAUUCCAAAGUUAAGACAAGAAAAUUUACAACAAAGUUAAGACCUGAGAGCACCUUUUUUUUAAAUGGCAGUUGUAAAAUCUGAUAACAGAUCCAUGAAAGGGAUGUACAUUGCUGGGUUCAAAAAGUUCCAGAGGUGGACCAUUGUUUUCUGUAGAAGCCAUACUAUAUAUUGUCUCAUGUUGGAUUGGAUGAGUACAGUUUCUGAGACAUUUUUGCAACAGUUAAGGCUGUUUUUUCACAGAGAGGCAGGAAUGCAGUAGCUGUCACUUUAAACAUCCAGAUGUUAUUUCUGAUUGUUACAUUUGUUUUCAAGGAACUUUUUAAUGUAAAACAUUUUCUGAUCUUAUAUAGCUCAAUUAUAUAUGCCUCUGAAAACGUCUAAAAAUUUUGGUAGAUUUUCUUCAACUGAAUUUUAUUUUGUUAAAAAUUAUAAUUGAAUUUCUUGCGUUGGUUAAUUUUCAAAUGCCUUACCUGUGCCUUUUUUUGUACUUUACAGUGAUGGUAUCUUUCUCUGGCCAAACAAAACCAUGUAAUUUGACUCUUUAAGCACAAAGGCUGGGAGGAUAAUUAAGAAAAUGUUAACAGUAUUUUAAGAAGCAAUUAUCUAUUUAUUUUAAAGGAUUUUCUCCCAAAAUUGAAUUUAACUAACAUUUGAAUACAUUAAUCGUUCAUUAAUUGAUAGUCACCAAAAUUAACUACAAGGCACAAGUGUGCAAAAAAAUAUAAUUAUGUUAUUAUAAUCUAGUCUUCUACAAACUUUCUGGCAGAUUGUUUUUCCUACCAUUGAAAUACAAUAUCUCUACAAUUAAACUAAUUUUUGGCUAACAAAUUGAGCAGUAUCUAUUUUUUGCUGAGAAGUCUUCACUCAGAUGGGGAAGCCUAAGAAACUUGGGACAUUGGGCCUUGGACUCUACUGUCACAUGAAAGGUGCAAUAAUAGGAACAUGCACAGGUACUAAUGUCUAAGUGAAUGAUUGAACCAGUGUGAGGCAAUCUGGAGGAGAAAUGGCAAGACCACAAAUUUCUUUUUGGUGAGUAAGUGGGUAUUAGGAGGUCAGUCAGAACAGAUCAUUGGAGGGAACAAAAACAAAAUUGCUGGGAGCAGAUCAUUGGAGGGAUUAGCAGCCAUGUUGGCAAGCCACUGAGGUCAAUCGCUGAGUAAAGCCCAGGAGGUCAGGAUCACGCCCAAGCCCAAGCCUGAAAAAAGAUUGGUUGGGGAGGGGAAGGUGGGUGGGUCAGGCCUAGAAGUUACCCAGGAGUGAGGCUGUAGAUCCUGGGACUAAGGGUGGCACUGUUUAAGUGAUCACAGUAAACUUUCCAUUUUGUGCUCAGCAUUGAUUUUCCUACAGGCAAACAACACUGAUGCUGGUUAGCUCAAGUACAAGCCAAAAUUGCAAAAGGGAACCAAAGUAAGCAAUUGACCCCUAAUUUGCAUGUGAUUUGAUGCCUGCAUCUGACACGGGCGAUGGACGCCCCAUGUUUGGCUUUCAUCAUAAUGGCAUGGAGCUUGACUUGCAGUAGAAUUACACACAUGUGACACAAAGACAAUUUUAAACACAAAAUGGCACUUACAAUGCCAAACCAUGGGUACUGUGUAGCAGAGUUUCUAAUCCUAAAAUUAAUUGUUGGUAAUCACAUCCACAAAAUCAAAGAAUUAUGUAAAAGGUCAUUGGUUAAUCAUAGUUUUAACAGAAAAUAAUGCCCAGUUUGAAGUAUUCUAGACAGAUUUUCCCAUAAUUAUUUUUAUGGAACUGUAGAUUUACACUGCACACAUUCUGAGAGAAAGACAAUUAAAAUAUCCCAAUCUAGUGGAGCAAAGGAAAUUGAAUUGGAAAAUGCAUAAAAUUUAGUUUCAAAACAACAUGCUACUGACAAUAAUUAUUUCAGUCAUUACAGCACAACACUGAAAUUACAAGUACUGUAGAGAAAAUCACACGUCAUGGAAAUGUUAAGAACUAGUUAAAAUGCUUUUAAAUUGUUAUUGAUAUUAAAGGGGUGUGCCAAGGUUUAUUUUAUCUAAUGCCUUUUACAAACUAAAUUGCUCCAGUUAUUAAGAAAUAGCACAAAAUGCUCUUCUACAUUCCUCAAUCAUUUCAAUGUGUAUGAUUGAAAAUAUGAGAUCUCCAUCAAUCAGAACAAAGGCACAGGUCAAAGGCUUGGAAAGAUUAACAGGUAUGAAUUUGUAAGCAUUAAUCUAACUAUGAUUUUGCCAAUUUAGAGCUGGAAGUCAGCAAACUGAGAAGUUCGCUCUUCUACAAAGAAGUCAAUAUACAUUUCCAUCUAAAUAUUUCAGCUAUAUAUUGUACUUUAUUAAUCUGUUAAGUCAAAUAUCAAUACAGUAUAACAAUUCCAGCAUGACAAAAUUGCAUUCCAAUGUUCAGUAAUAUAUUCAACUUUUCAUAACCUGUUGUUUUCACAUGAAAUCGUAUUCAAAUCAUUAAUGAGUUGUUAAUUAUGGAGAAAAACAGGCAUUCUCUCUUUUUUAGUAAAAUUAGAAUUUCGCCUCAAUGGCUUUGAUUGCCAGAUAUUGAAGGAAAUGUUCUUUUUUGUAAAUACUUAUGCACUGUACUAGUAACUGGUAAAAUGCACUCUUAUUUUAUUUGAAUUGAAAACCAGACUCUUCUUUGAAAGCUAAACUACUUGAUUGUAUUGA